GAAGGUAGGCGUUGCCUCUGUUCUUUGAGAGCUCAUUCGUCGAAAAUCGAAUUCCAGAAGCUACGGGCAAUUCGAUACUGUGCUCUGUCUGUUUCUUAUUCACUUAUUUUGUUCUUGAUUGUUUCAUUCAUCAUCAUAUUCUAGGUUUUUCCAUUUAGUUGUCCAAUUUGCUGCAUUUUAUUUGAUUUCCAAUGCUCGAGAUUCUUGAUUUUCGUUUUGUUGUGAAAUAUUUUGUAUAGUGCUGUUAGGAUCUCGUCUACGGAUCUAAAUUUUUCAUGAUGAUAUCUCUAGUUGUCUCAUCGAUAGAAGCUAGAAGCUCUUCGCGGACCAUUUGAACUAUAAGGUUUUGAAAAUGGAAUAGGUUUACUCUGUGCUUCAGAACAAAAGAAUUAUGGCUUCCAUUCGACGACCUCUAUCCCCUGCUCAUCAAAGCCGUUCUUACCAAAACGGAGGCAGUCCAUUUGAGGUUCAUUCUCCGACUCAUAAGCUUCUCUCGGGUUCGAGCUACUCGUCAAAUUCGCCAUAUUUUGGAGCGUUAGCUGUUGGAUUUCGCCGAUUAUUGGCGGAGAUUUUCUUGCCGAGAUACUCGCGCAAGGGUCACCCGCGAUGGAAGCGAUUAUUGUAUCUAUUAUUGCUGUGUUUUGUUCUAGGUUUCGGGUUAGGGCUCACGUCGUUUGGUGAUGUCGAUGACAUGGGACGACAUGACUUAACGUAUGUGAUCAAGCCAUCCACUUUAAAUGUGCAACGGGGCCUUGGUGAUACUGUUGGGAAGGAGAAGGUCGUGCUGGAGACAGUGAACCAAGGUCUUGAAACCAUGUCUGGUGUAGACCCAGUGGAUCUUAUCCCGCCGAAGCAGUUAAUUAUCGUAACUCCGACAUACAAUCGGCCUCUCCAAGCAUUCUAUCUCAAUCGCUUGGGUCAGGCACUAAGACUUGUUCGGCCGCCUCUUCUGUGGAUUGUGGUGGAGAUGAAUUCAGCUUCAACGGAGACUGCAGAGAUUCUUAGGAAUGCUGGUGUCAUGUAUAGGCAUCUUGUGUGCUCCAAGAAUAUGACAAACAUAGAGGAUAGAGGUGUUCACCAAAGAAACAGGGCUAUGGAGCACAUUGAACACCAUCAUCUAGAUGGGAUUGUCUACUUCGCAGAUGAUGAUAACAUCUAUUCUCUUGAACUGUUUGAAAGCAUGAGAGAAAUCAGACGCUUUGGCACUUGGCCUGUUGCUAUGCUUGCUCAGAACAAAAAUAAGGCGAUAUUGGAAGGCCCAGUAUGUAAUGGGAGUCAAGUAAUUGGAUGGCACACCAAUGAGAAGAGUAAGAGACUGAGAAGGUUUCAUGUUGAUAUGUCUGGAUUUGCAUUCAACAGCACCAUCCUAUGGGAUCGCAGGAGAUGGCACCGGCCCAUUUCAGAACCUAUAAGGCAGCCAGACAUGGUGAAGGAGGGAUUUCAAGAGUCCAUGUUCAUAGAGCAGGUGGUGGAGGACGAGAGUCAAAUGGAAGCCAUAUCUCUUGGCUGUUCAAGAGUGAUGAAUUGGCAUCUCCAUUUGGAAUCUCGUAGUCAUGUUUAUCCCAAGGGUUGGAUGCUUCAGAAGAACCUUGAUGUUGAUGUUCUUAAGUGAUGAACUACAACCGUAUGAAAUACUGACAGGUUUGGUUCGUAAAUACCUCAGUAUUUUGUAUGCAUUUCUCUAUUUUG